UGUGUUGAUAAGUUUGAAGUCUUGUGUUUGAACGUCAGAUUACAUUUGAUACGUUGUCACAAUCAUAAAAUUUUAGGAAUAUAAGUAUUUGUUUUGAUUGUUUCGAGUUUUCAUUGUGAUAAGUAAAAUUCGAAGUACCAAUUUUAUCCAUCAUGGCUGAUAUUCUGGAUGAAAAAGUUUCACCAGAUGACUUAAAGAAAUUUGAGAAGAUUUAUCAUGAACAACUGUAUAAAAACAAUGUCACUCCUAAGGUUCAAUUUGAAUAUGCUUGGUGUCUUGUCAGGAGCAAGUACUCAGCUGAUAUUAGCAAAGGCAUAAUACUACUUGAGGAAUUGUACAACACACAUCCUGAAGGCAAAAGAGAUUACUUGUACUAUUUAGCAGUAGGGAAUGCUCGAUUAAAAGAGUUCUCAAAAGCUUUGAAAUAUUGCUCCGCAUUUUUAUCUGUAGAACCAGGAAAUCAACAAGUCAAAUCUCUUGAAGAAACAAUAAAGAAGAAACUGAAGAAUGAUGGACUUGUAGGGAUGGCUGUUGCUGGUGGUGUAUUGUUAGCUGCUGGUGCACUUGUUGGUAUUGCAUUAGCUGGUAAAGGAAAGUCGUCAUGAAACAUGAUUUUAUUCAGAUAUUUUCUAGAUGUGAUAUAGUUAAAAAUAUGUUUUUCCAAUUAUGUAUUAUUUGCUUUAUUCUAGCAUACCAAACUUUGCAUUUCCCCAAUUUUCUAUUUGUGAAAAAUGUGUCUCAAAUAGCUCUCGCACCCCAAUUAAUUUUGACUAUGUUGAUCAAUAUAGUCAAAGUUAAUGGAGGUGUGUAGCUGUUAAUAAAAAGAUUAAUGCAUAAAUGUGUACUUGGAAUAAUUUCUUGAGUUGAAUUAUUUUUGUAUUCUAGUCUUCUAAAAGGAAUUUCGUAUUCCAUACCUAAAAAUUGAAAUUCUGUACAAUAAUAAAAUAUUUAAUUUAAGUUGAA